AUGCAGCUGUUUUGUAUAGCUAACUUUACUUUGAAAUAUUUCGCCACCACGUGUGUUUCUUUUAGUAGAUUUACAGUAUAAAAUUUCUAAAAAUAUGGGGAAGUUUAGAUCAAAACUCAAAGGUAAAACUAAAGGGAAUAGAUGGCCAAAAGGUCAGUCGUCCACAUCUAACCCGAAACUGCACAAGUACAGGGAAAUAGCAAAAUCCCAGUUUUUUCAAGAAAAUUUGGGAAACACUGGUUUAUCGCAAAAGGCCGUCCAUAAACACGAAGCUAUGAUGACAUACGGCCGCAGCACAGGAAAACAGAAGUCCGAGGCUGAGAAUGAGUUGACAAUAGCCAAAGGAUUUGAGAAUAUGUCGGUAAGAACAGGAGAUGAAGGUUCAGAAACAGAAUAUUCAGACUGUACGAAAUCUGGUACUUACAAGACUUUCCAGACUUUCGCCUCAGAAUGGAGCCAGUGUUCCAACAUCAGUUUUAGCAAGCUUCUGCUUAGAUUUGACUCGAACAAUGUUGUUCACAAGGGAAUGUUGGCCGUGCUAGCUGCUGUGACUGAAGUAAUCAAAGAGCAUGGUGGGAAAGAAACCAUUACCGAGUACUUCGCAGCUUUGAUGGAGACCCUCAAAGCAACAGAAGGCGAAGAGAACCUCAUACCGACUCUCUCGCUCUUGUCCAUGGGAAUAAAAUCAGUACCACAAGGAGUACUCCGCAAGCUAUUCUCAGAUUCCGCCUCCGUAUUCAUGGAUAUUCUCGAGAACAAUGCGCAGACUGAAAACGGAACGUUGCUACGUAGUGUUAUUGGCUGUAUGUCCGUGCUGUUGAGAGCGCAGGAGUACGCUGUGUGGGGUGAUUCCUCUACUAUGAAAGUGUAUGACUCUGUUUUGGCAUUUGUACUGCAUUCUAAGCCUAAGGUAAGGAAAGCGGCACAGCACGCGAUUACAGCAAUACUCCGUGGUAGCUGCUUUAUGAUACCAUCCGAAGACCAGAAAAUUAAGGUACCAAAAAUACAUCCAGCGUCGAAGCGGACAGCCGAAUUCUGUGAAUCGCAGAUCAAAGCGGAGGCAUUGCUAUCCGGCCACAAAACUGUACUGCACACGUUGACAAUGCUGAGAGACAUACUGCCUGUGUUCAGUAAGGAACAUAUCAAGACCACAUGCGAAGCCAUACUGUCACUGAUGACUCACAACAACGUCUACAUAAAGACUUGCUGCCUCCACACGCUCCACGCCCUGUUCUCAGCGCCCCGGGACUCCUGCAACUUGACCGGAGCCCUGUCGGUGCAGCUGGUGAGGGCCCUGAUGGCGGCCCGGCCUCCCGCGAACGAUACUGGACAGGUUUUGGCGUGGGCAGCCGUUUUGCAACAGGGUUACUCUUGUCUGGCUGGUUUGGACCUCGACCUGUGCAUGCCCAAUCUGCCGACGUUCGUCAACAUCUGCGUCACUGAGCUGUGGCAGUCCGAUGUCGCUGAUAUCAACACGGCUGCAACCAAUGCUUUGAAGAUAAUUCUCCAAGACUGUGUGAAGCUAGCCAUAGACUCACCAGAUUACGUCAAAUACAAACCGCAUAUAGAUGCUAUUUUCAAGAGCAUUGGUACAGGAUUAGACAACCCAUUCAACCAGGCGAUAAGGCACGUAAUUCUCACCAUAGCUGUGUGUUUUGAGAUUGGCAAUGAGAAAGUCUCCCACAUCCUUAGUCCCCUACUGAAAAAACUGAACGAUCGUCGCGAGAGCCACAACUUUCACAACGACAAAGAAGUGGAAUACGCGACAGGGUUCGCCAUUCGAACCCUGGGUCCGGAGUUCGUUUUACGCACUAUACCGCUGAGGGAUGACCCUGAGAGUAUAAACUUGGAGAGGAGUUGGCUACUGCCCGUGCUGAAGGAGAAGAUAGUAAAUUCUAAUUUGAAGUUUUUCGCUUCGGAGAUAUUGGAAAUGGCUACGUUUUGCAGGAAAAAGUCUAGGGAGUUAACACAAGCCCAGGAUAUACCAGGAUCGCAUACGUACGAGUUGCUAUGCAACCAGCUGUGGGCUCUUCUGCCGAGCUUCUGCAACAGUCCAAAAGAUGUGAAGGAGAACUUCAAGGCGGUGGCCAGGGUUUUGGGCAACGUCUUGAAAGACAACCCAGAAUUCCGGCUGUCAAUAAUGCAGGCACUCCGCAAGCUGGUGGCAUGUUCGGCCGACAACGAGGUGGACAGAGCCGAGUUGGCGAGAUUCGCGAAGAAUUACAUACCGAUACUGCUGAAUAUAUACAUGACGCCGGCCAAGGGAAGCAGCGCCGAGGGGCAGAGGUUGGCCGCUUUGGAAACUAUACAGGUGUACCUCACAAUAAGUGAACAGAGUCUGCGGGAAGAGCUAUUCAAGAACGCGAUACAACAGCUGGAAUUAUCUCAAGACAAUCACUUUCAAAGAGAGUCGAUUCUCGACAUAAUUCGCCUUCUAGUACUCUAUCAGACUAGUGACAAUAUCGCGGAUUUGUUCGACAAAUGGGUGUUUCCGCUGUGCGAAACAGUCCUUGAGGAUCCCAAGAAGUUCAAGAAGAGUAAGACAGAGAAGGAGAUGAUGGAUGUAGGAGAUGAGAAGAAGAAUGAACUGAGAUACAAAGACAAGGCGAAACUCCUUGAAAUGGAACACAAGAAGGCUUACAGGAUAUUAGAAGAAAUAUUCAAAAGCGAUAAUGAAAAUUGCAAACAAUAUCUGACGAGCAACUAUAAAAAGAUUAAGAAGCUGUUGAUGACGUCUUUAAGUAAAGUGGCGGAUAGCAGCAAAGCGGCUAGACUCAGAUGCAUAGAACACUUGAUCAACUCUACGCCAUUUCUGAACGCCGAUAGCAAAUUGCUGAAAAGCGCCAUAGUAGAGUCUGUGAUAUGCACCAAAGAUAUCAACUCUAAAUGCAGACAGUGCGCUUUCAACGUUAUCACCUGUGUCGGUGAAAAACUGAAAAAUCAAGAUGGAGGCAUGGACGCGUUCGUCAGCAUGCUGUCAGCGGGCCUGACAGCGCCUGUCGGGCGCGUGGUGAGCGCCACGCUGCGGGCGCUGGCGGCCGCGCUGUUCACGUUCUCGGACCGCAUGAGCGUGGAGGCGGCCCGCGGGCUGCUGGGGGCGGUGGUGGGGGGCAUGGGGGUGGGCAACCGGGAGCUGGUGGCGGCGGCUCUGAGCUUCCUCAAGGUGUACACAAAAGUGAUACCUACUGAUGUGUUAGCGGGCAGCCUUCCUCUCAUCUUCAAGGCGCUCUCAUCAAUGGAAGACGACUGUAAGAGGCAUUCCCGCUUGGAAAUUGGGUACUUACUCACUAGACUGAUAAGGAAGUACGGCGCUGAGGCGGUGGAGAAGCUUGUUCCGACUACCGACGAGGUGAUGCGUCGCAGACUUAGGAAUAUAAGGAAGAUGGAGAACAGGAGGAAGAGAGCCAAAGACGGACAGAACUCACAGCAAUCGAGCGAUUCAGAGAACGAAAUGGAAAUCAAGGGUACCUCCAAAACGCUGGAGGACAUCCUAAAAGACUCCGACUCGGAAAUGGAGUUUAUGGAAGAAGACGAGCCUAGGUCUAAGAUCAAGAAGACGAAGACUAAGGGCAAAAACCAGGCGUGGAUCCAGGACGAUCCGGAGAAUAUCGUGGAUUUGGCAGACGUGUCCGCUUCUAGAAAGAUUACGGCAACGGACCCAACGAAAAAGAAGAAAGCGGCGGAAGUGCGGGAGAAGAAGAAAGAUGGCGGCUUCCGGACUGCGCCAGACGGCAGGCUCAUCAUCACCGAUGACGCGUUCGGUGAUGAUGAUGAUGAUGAUGAAGAGCCGAAACCAAGCGGUGAUAUCGACAGUGAUACUGAUGAUACUGACGACGAGAAAGAAGGCAAGCCGUCCAUGCUGUUAAAACCUGGAACGAAACGCCGCUACGACGAUAUUCUCAGCAUGAAGAGCGGGAGGAGCAACAGGAGUAGAGCUUCCACUGCGACCGUCACCAGCAAAUAUAGGACCGGAGGCAAAGGCAUACACAGGCCAAUCGGAUCAGCCGCGUCAGUAGCGUCGACGGUGGGCACAGAGUACAAAUCUAAGAAGGCGAAGGGAGACGUGAAGAAGAAGGGCAAGCACGACCCGUACGCAUACUUGCCACUUUCAAGGAAAAAUCUCAAUAAAAGAAAAAAGGCGGUAAAUUCAAAACAGUUUAAAGGUGUCGUCAAAUCGAAAACUAAGGGAGGAAAAGUGAAAUCUAGAAAAUAAAUAAAUAAUUUUAAAAAAUGUAUAAAAAGUCAAUGAUAUUCACUCUUACUUAUCUGACAACGAUUUUUCUCCUUGCAAAAUCUAUUAACCUUUGGUC